GCCACAGUUUGACAGUUGGCAGAAUAUAACCUAAAAUGAAUUUUGAUGUUGACGAAAGUUGUUUUGGUUAAAUUUAUGGGUUAAAUUCAAUGAGUUAAAUUCAAAGCUUUCAAAUUCAGGGUAAAUCCUGGGUAAAUCACAGAAGAGAAUAAAAUAAUCUUUGUUCAUAGGAGAUAUAUUAAAGACUGUACCGGUAUAUUACAUACUUACAUCCUUGUUUAUAUAUCUGAUAUAGAAUUCCGAUAUUUUUUUAUAAUGACAACCAAUUUUAAAGUGUUCACAUUAAACUGCUGGGCCCUAGCAGUCGUUUCGAAAAAUAGAAAAUCUAGAAUAUUAGCUAUAGCAGAAGUUUUAUCGUCUAGUGAAUUUGAUGUGGUUUGCCUGCAAGAAAUCUGGACCGAUCGAGAUUAUCAGUUAAUACGUAAUAUAGUUUCUUCUGUAUUACCAUAUUCUCACUAUUUCUACAGUGGGGUGACAGGUUCAGGGAUAUGCAUCCUUUCCAAACACCAAAUUGAAGAGACAUUCUUUCAUCAAUGGUCGGUGAAUGGUUACAUACAUAAAUUGCAUCAUGGUGAUUGGUGGGGGGGCAAAGGUGUAGGUCUAUGUCGACUGAAGGUUGAAAGUGAGACAGAUACUUUCUAUGUUAAUGUUUAUUCAGCUCAUCUUCAUGCUGAAUAUAACCGUGCUUCUGAUGACUACCAAGCACAUCGGGUUCUACAAGCUUAUGACACUGCUCAGUUUAUCUUGCUCACUUCUAGUUCAGCUGACUUGGUUGUAUUGGCCGGUGACUUAAAUACUGAACCUGGAGAUUUGUCAUAUAGAGUUAUUUUAACCAUGCCAGGCAUGACUGAUGCCUACAUGCAGUCAGGAAACUUAUCUCAAGACAUGUAUGCAACAUGUGAAAGUUACAAGAAUAGCUACACACCCAGAUCUUUAAUUAAAGACAAAGUAUUAGGCAAAAGAAUUGAUUACAUUAUGUAUCAUCCUGGAUCAAAUGUCAAAGUAGAUGUAAAAAAUUACAGCCAACCCUUACCAGACCGUGUUCCUAAUAAAUCUUACAGUUAUUCUGAUCAUGAGGCUGUCAUGGUCGAACUAAACAUAAGCAGAGAUAUCAAAUCUUCCAGAAAUAUGCCAGACGACACAAUCAAAUGGGCUGUUCUAGAAGAAGGCAUUAUGUUAUGCAAAGAAGCCCAGAAAAGUAUAGCUAGAACGAGAGUUUUGUAUUGGCUGGGUGUAAUUUUGUUGUUUCCUUUGCUCUUGCUAAGUCUUAUAGUUCCUGCUGUAGUAAAUACGCGAUUUUUUGACAGUUAUCCUGCGUUAUUCUCGGUUUUGAGGGUUGUUUUGACCGUUCUCACUAUAUUUUGUUUUCUCAUGGCAACUUUGUGGAGUAAAAUCGAGAUGCACGGUGUCAAGUCAGGCAAACUGGCCAUGCAAGUCUCACUGAAAAAGCUUCAAACAAAUCACGACUCAUGAUAACAUGAGUUUAAA